AUGCAGAAUAUAACAUUAAAUGACAACGAAAAAUGGAAUUUUUUAGAUACAACAGAAAUAAUUGAUUUAAAAGAAACUUUGUUUAGUGGGCAAAUUUUUAAUUUUCAUAAAACCGAUUUAGAAGAGUUUACUGGUACAAUUUAUUUUUUUGUGAUAUCAUUCAAACAAGUUAAUCAGAAAGUGCUGUAUAAAAUUUUGCAUACAAAAAUUAAUAGUGAAGAAUUAAUAUUAUUUUUUAUAAAAAAAUUUUUUAAUUUAAAUUUAAGUUAUAAAGACAUUUUAAAAGACAUAGAUGUAACAGGGCUUAGGUUAAUUACUAAUUCACUUAUCCCGACAAUAUUUUCAUUCAUAUGUUCUGCCAAUAACAAUGUUAAACGAAUUACUAAAAUGGUCAAUUAUAUGUACAGUAAAGGAGAGUUUGCAUGUUCUUAUAAGAAAAUUAAUUUCUUUUACUUUCCUGACAUUUCUAUGCUUUUAGAUUGUGAACAUGAUUUUAAAGAAAAUGGAUUUGGAUAUAGAGCUCGAUACAUAUGCAAAACCGCCGAUUUGUUAAAAAAUGAUAAAUUGUUUGCAGAAAUUAAUAAAUAUGAUGUAGAUAUAUUACAAUUUAAAAAGGUUAAGAACAAUUUAAAUAUAAAUUUAAUAAAAAAUUUAUUAAUAAAAUUACCAGGUAUCGGAUUCAAAGUAAGAGAUUGUAUAUGCUUAAUGAGUUUGGAAUGUUUUGAAAUAGUUCCUAUAGAUACACACAUUUUAAAGUACGCCAGACAUAUAUUUAAUCUAGAAAAUAAUGUGCUACUUACUAAAAUAAGUUACAAUAAAAUACAAAGCAAAUUUAUUGAAAAAUUUGGUAAAUAUGCUGGUAUUUAUCAGCUAUUUAUCUUUAAAAAAUAUUUAGAAAAAAAAAUCAUUAAUUAG